AUGGUCCUCCCGGGAGGCAAAGUCUUUCAUCGGCCAGAUACUCCAGCUCCGAUUGCACGAAAGCCAACAGUUAGGAGUGGAUUGUCCUUGGAUGCUCUCCGACUUCCUUUAAACAUAUCUAGCAAUCAAUAUCCGAAAGAAGAAGAGAGCCUGAGCCCGCAGUUCCCAUCCCGAAGCUCAACCCCGAGUAAAAGGAGACGUACUGCUGGAUUCGGCGAUGAGCUUUGCGACCUGGAUGAAGAUGGGGACCAGACCCCCAACGACAACAUCAAGAGAUUCGCUUGCCCAUACUUCCGAAAGGAUCCAGAGCGCCAUAUCGAAUGCAUCAACCUCAAGAUGGUCCGCAUCUCCGACGUGAAGCAGCAUCUAAAGAGACGACAUACGGCACCCUAUCCGUGCCCGAGAUGUUCCGAGGGAUUCAUGUCUCUGGAUAUGCAACGGGAACACAUCCUGCAACAGAAUUGCUCGGAGGGAUCUGGAACGAACUGGUAUAAUGUUUCGUUGACGUCGCAAAAAGAGCUGCAGGCUCGCUUUAGGAAGAGUCUUUCCGCGGAGGCACAGUGGUAUGGGAUAUGGACUAUUCUGUUCGGAAAGCGCCGACCUAUGCCGAACCCACAUCUUGAUGGCGUUGUUAAAGAGGUUAUUGGGAUUCUUCGCGGUAUCUGGCUGGAUGAAGGUCGACAGUUGAUUUCUGAGUUCGUGCAGGCGAGUGACCAGUCGCCCGACUACACUGACGAAUUGUACAAACUCCUUACACGACUUCUUGACGAAGUUGAGGCUCGCUUCGAACAAAAGCCUUCCGAGAAGGUCUCCGGUAUAACAUCAGCUAUUUCCGAACUGAGGCCCGAGGAGGCUGGUGGAGUGCAGUUGGAUACCUUUUCCAAUUACAUUACGGAAGGACCCGACAGCCAACCCUUCGUUGCGCCCUACGACACCGCAAUCUUGCCAUUCGAUUUCUCAGCCGCACAGUCAGAAGUCUCAGAACUGUCAUACCAAACAUCAGAGUUCGGCUUUCCUGGAGCGCAGCUUUUCCAAACUCAGUUUCCUUAUACUGAUAAUCCAGUACCAGAUUUCGACUUUGGGGAUUACAAUCAGUAG